AUGAGUUGGGUUAUUGCACAAGACUUAGUCAGUGUUGCUAGGUGGGUCUCUGUGGGUAUUAUCUGCUGUUGGUUGACUCAGGAUGCUGUCGCUGGGGAUGCUAUAGGUACCAAUCCGUUCCAGAAAGGUUGUCUUUACGCCAAAGGAGUCACAUCCAAGAUCAGGGUAUGCGGCUCAGAUGAUCCUCCUGAAGUUGUGGGAGUAGAUUGCCGUGUCCCUCUCGUACAGUACGAUGAAAUCAGAAUCCAACCGGGAAACUGGGAAUCUCCCAUGCUUAUCACAUGGAUCCUCCAAGUCCUUCUGUCUGAGAUGCUGGAUGUGCCGACUUCCAUUGAAAUGAGAGCUGCCAAUAGUCCGCCUCUUAGCAUGUAUCAGCCCAACAACUCCCUGCAUUUUCCUCCUGGUGCUUUUGAUUACAAAACCUUCGAAAAGGCAUAUGAACUAAAGGGAGACUGCAGCAAGGCGGACAGGUCACAAGACAACUACCAAGAGUGUGCCAAUUUCUUCCCUGAGGCCUGGAACCUUCAAGACAAUGAAAAAGCCAACCAAGCCAUUUACCAUGACCACAUUGAGCCACCACAGAGCCUUGGCAUCAUUGGUCAAAACGCUUGGUUUGUGCCAAAGUUCACGGCAUCCAGAGAGUCCACCGUGCUAGACUACAGGGGUCUACAAGGACCCGAAAACAGACAAAAACUUGCGGGACGCUUUCACAGACCAACCACCUGGAAAGACUACUGCAAUCAGGUGUCCUCCAAUGGAUGCAACAGUCCCGACAAUGUAGCGUCUAGACCACCACAAAAUCAAGCUGAAGAGCAACAGUUCUUUCACUUUCACAGUGGUGGCAUCUACACAGGACACUUUCGACCAACCGACAAGAACAAUUGCACCUUACAUCCAGACUCCUGCACGGGAUUCUUUGCGGACUAUCCUUGUAGCUGGGGCAGUCCAGUUGCCACACAGCUGUACAAUCUGGAUAUUGCUCUGGAUGUCGAUUUGGAUGUUCAUCCAGAGGGUCUCACACAUGCCCAGUUGACCCAAAUAUGGAGGGCGGCUAACGCCACCAAGUCGGACAUGAUUGGAUAUUGGUGGCAUCCGGAUGUAUUUCCAUCUGAAUUCCUGGCUUCUCCUGCGGAAUUCACCCACGUCAGCAUGCCUCCGCCAUCAGUGGCGUGCUUGGGAGUCCACGACGACAUCAAACGUUUACACUGUGACGAGGAUCCAAAGAAACGAAUUGGGUCGGCACUCGCUGUUUGUGAAGACCCUCCCGUCCUACUCUCCAAGCUCUUGAGCACAACCAUUUUUGACAGCAUCAAGGAUCCCACUCUAGCACAAGAGAUCGUUUCUCCUAGUCAUUCCGCAUUGGCAAACUACCGAAUGUCCAACAUUCAACUGGACGAAAUCUUCUUUAUCUGGAAUCAACGGGGUGAUGCCCGGGAAGCCGUUUGUGAGUGGAUUGUCGACAACAUGGACCAUUUGGAGGAACUAAUCCCACGGACGUACCCAAGAGCAUUCCAAAAGAAGGAUCAUGCCCCACUCAUGUACGCAUCUACUCUCCUGGGUGCCGUGGUGGUUGUAUUGGUUUUGGUGACUCUUUUCUUGGUGCACCGAAAUCAGAACCGCCGUUCUGUCAAGUAUUCACAGAUUGAGUUCCUGGUCUUGUUGCUGGUUGGGUCGCUUUUUAUUGGCGUGGGGGCCAUUGUCAUUGGAAUCCCUUCCACGAAUGCCUCCUGCAUUGUCGAGGUGUGGUUGAUCAACAUUGGGUAUACACUGGAACUGGUUCCUCUGAUUGUCAAAGUGGCUGCGGUGAACCAUAUCAUGAGCGUUGGCAAGAAAAUGCGCCGAUCUCGGCUCGAUCGACGUUACUUGUUUGGUGUUGUGGCAACAAUCUGCACCCUAGUGGUCAUCUUUCUCAUUUUGUGGUCCUCACUGGAUACGCCCAAAGUAGUGCAGGAAUACGAACUGACAGAAACCAAAAAUGAAGAUGGGGAAACGAUAGUGUGGGUAUUGGAUGUUUGCGGCUCCGAGUCCAAUGCUUGGGUAAUCAUCAGCGUUGGGUGGAAUGCACUGCUCUUGCUAUGUACAACAACCUUGGCUGUGCAGAUGAGGAAAGUGGGCAUGGAAGGCUUUCGUGAGACAGGAACACUAGCUCUGCUUGUGUACUCCCAUUCUGUCUUUGUUGUCCUUCGGCUCUUUACCUACCUCCUGCCAUCGGUGAUGAAGGAAUAUUUCCUGUCCUACUGCCGCAGCUUUCUGUUCAGUGUGGACACCCUUUCCACCCUUGUCAUCUAUUUUAUCCCUAAGUUGUUUGGUGAGGAUAUUCAACCCCGAAGGUCAUCGAUUAGCAGUACUUCACUGCCAGCACAAUGGGCUGCCAAUCUCAGUGACAACAAUGCACCCUCAUGGAUUCAGCAACAACCGGUAGAGGUAGAGGAAAGGAUAAGGCUUCUAGAGAAACAGAAUGAAACCCUGGAAAAAGAGAAUGCCCUCUUACAGCGAAACCAAGCCCCUGAUGUCAAGAUGUCGACUGAAGAAUCAAGUCAAUAG